AUGGCGACCUCGCCCUCGCCCCCGACCCCGGCGCUCGCCCCCGACCCCCAGACCCCGGCGACCUCGCCCUCGCCCCCAACCUCCCAACCUCAGUCGUCGUCGGGCCUACCUCCUCGCCCCUGCACCCUCUGUUUGCAGGUCGGCCUCAAUGAUGGUACUGACGCCGACAUCGACAACGACGGCGCCGGCACCAAUGGCGGCACCGAGACCGGGGGUGAAGUUACCGGCGGGGAAGGAGAAGGAACACCAGCUUGCAGCCGAAAGCCCUACUUCACCGAUGAGGCCCAAAUAGAAGAAGUCUCACAAAUCUGUGUGGCGGAUCCAUACUACAUGCACGAGUCCUUGAGUCUCGGCGACUUUGAGCGUAAAACUAUUAGGGAGUACCUCGAAAACUUCAUGGUAUGGAAUAUGGACCAGGAAAUUGUCCUCCUGCCUUAUCAUCCAAAAUCGGGAUCGGGCCCGAGCCCGCUGCCCCGCCUCCUCGCGCGCCCUUUCCCUGGAUCUGGCGUCGUCGCUGUUUGUCGCCGCCUCCUCGACCUCCUCCACGCCGUCGUCGCCCCGUCAUCGUCGACCUUGUCUCUGCUCCGUGUCACCUCCCCGGCUCCCCCCAACAGCCUCGCCGACCCCCUGAACAGCAAUGGGGGCUACCUCUGGCCGUGCCCUGGACGCGCCCCGUGCACGCCACUGCGCGUGCCCGUCUGCCCCGCUGCUCGCUGCUCCCCGUGCGGCCCACGACUGCCCGCGCCCGUCGCGCCCCGCCUCAUUCCUGGCCGCAGCUGCCUGUCGUCGCGCCCGUUGCCGUGGCUCCCCCUCCCGCGCGCCCACACGCCCGCCCGUGUCGCGGCUGUCGCCCGAGCUACCUACAGCGCCCUCGCCCGCCUCCGCCAGCUGCAACUGCUGUCGACGGCCGCCGCUAGCCCCGUGCCGCCGCGCUCCCGCCGCUACCCUCGCCUGCUACGUCGCCCGGCCCGCCCUACCGCACGCUGGCCCGCCCUUGGCCACCGGCCCCGCGCUCAUCUGCCACCGAAGCGCCCUACUGCUCCUCCGCCAGCCGGCGCCCGCGCGCGCCCGGGUUUGCUGUUCGGGCUGGCGCCCGCACCCAAUUCCCAGCGCCCGUUUGGCCCUAUGGGUCCAUGA